GCGACGGCGGCUCGGAGCAGCCGUUUGUCCCUUGGCUCUCGCCGUAGCGGCCGCCGCCCAUCCCUCUUUGUGUGACUGGGACGCCGCGGAUCUGCGGUAGCGACAGUUGGAGAGGGACGAUCCCGGGAAGUUACCGGCCAGAGGAAGCUUUCUUAACCUCGCCACCUGACAGGUCACAGCCAUGUCGGACAAGAGUGAAUUAAAAGCUGAGUUGGAACGUAAGAAGCAGAGGUUGGCCCAAAUCAGAGAAGAAAAGAAGAGGAAAGAAGAGGAAAGGAAAAAAAAGGAAACUGAUCAGAAGAAGGAAGCUGCUGUUUCUAUGCAAGAAGAAUCUGAUCUUGAAAAGAAAAGAAGAGAAGCUGAGGCACUGCUUCAAAGCAUGGGGCUAACUACAGAUUCCCCUAUUGUCCCUCCUCCUAUGUCUCCAUCCUCCAAAUCUGUGAGCACACCAAGUGAAGCUGGAAGCCAAGAUUCUGGAGAUGGUGCCGUGGGAUCUAGACGAGGACCUAUUAAACUUGGAAUGGCCAAAAUUACUCAAGUGGACUUUCCCCCUCGAGAAAUCGUCACAUAUACAAAGGAGACUCAGACCCCAGUUACAGCUCAACCCAAAGAAGAUGAGGAGGAGGAAGAUGAUGUAACAACUCCUAAACCUCCUGUUGAACCUGAAGAAGAGAAACCAUUUAAAAAAGAUGAAGAGAGCGAUAACAAAGCUCCCCCUCAUGAACUAACUGAAGAAGAAAAGCAACAAAUUUUACACUCAGAGGAAUUUUUAAGUUUCUUUGACCAUUCCACAAGAAUUGUAGAAAGAGCCCUUUCUGAGCAGAUCAACAUCUUCUUUGACUAUAGUGGCAGAGAUUUGGAAGACAAAGAAGGAGAGAUUCAAGCAGGUGCUAAGCUAUCAUUAAAUCGACAAUUUUUUGAUGAGCGUUGGUCAAAGCAUCGAGUUGUUAGCUGUUUGGAUUGGUCAUCCCAGUAUCCAGAGUUACUUGUGGCUUCCUAUAAUAACAAUGAAGAGGCUCCUCAUGAGCCUGAUGGUGUGGCCCUUGUGUGGAAUAUGAAGUACAAAAAGACUACCCCAGAGUAUGUGUUCCACUGCCAGUCAGCUGUAAUGUCUGCUACAUUUGCAAAAUUUCAUCCAAAUCUUGUCGUUCACCCUGUCUACUGUGUGAAUGUUGUUGGAACACAAAAUGCUCAUAAUCUAAUUAGCAUCUCUACUGAUGGGAAAAUUUGCUCCUGGAGUUUGGACAUGCUUUCCCACCCACAGGAUAGCAUGGAGUUGGUUCAUAAACAGUCAAAGGCAGUAGCUGUAACUUCAAUGUCCUUCCCUGUUGGAGAUGUCAACAACUUUGUUGUGGGUAGUGAAGAAGGUUCUGUAUAUACAGCAUGCCGCCACGGCAGCAAAGCUGGAAUCAGUGAGAUGUUUGAGGGACAUCAGGGACCCAUCACUGGAAUCCACUGUCAUGCGGCUGUUGGAGCAGUAGACUUCUCACAUCUGUUUGUCACUUCUUCAUUUGACUGGACAGUAAAACUUUGGACAACUAAGAAUAACAAGCCUUUGUACUCAUUUGAAGAUAAUUCCGACUAUGUUUAUGAUGUUAUGUGGUCACCCACCCACCCAGCCCUGUUUGCCUGUGUGGAUGGCAUGGGGAGACUGGAUCUGUGGAAUCUCAACAAUGACACAGAGGUACCGACUGCCAGCAUUUCUGUGGAGGGAAACCCGGCUCUUAACCGUGUGAGAUGGACCCAGUCAGGAAGAGAGAUUGCCGUGGGCGAUUCUGAAGGACAGAUUAUCAUAUAUGAUGUGGGAGAGCAGAUCGCUGUUCCCCGAAAUGAUGAAUGGGCAAGAUUUGGCCGAACACUUGCAGAAAUUAAUGCAAACCGAGCUGAUGCAGAGGAGGAGGCGGCUGCUCGAAUCCCUGCCUAGCCAUGAAAGUGGCACAGAUGAUUAAGUACAUCCUAAACUAUUUGCAUGCUUCUGAUUAAAUGAGUAUUAAAAGGAAAUUCCAUGGAUAAACUGGGUUUAAUGCAGGAAACAAAACUUACAAUGCCCCUUUUAUAUUAUAUUCAUUUCGUUUUGGAUUGGUGUCAUUUUUAAUACCGCUGACGACUUUACAGAAUGCAGCCUUUUCUGAAUUCUAACGAAUAGGUGUAUAUUGUUAAUUAUUCUUUUGGAUUCUUUUCAACUUGUAAUACUAUAUAUAAUUAUUUCUAAAGCACAGACUAAAUAAGUUCUGCAUAUUUCUAAAUAACCACAAUUCCUUAUUAUGCAAUACAGUAAUAAUUCCUUGUUGAUUAUGUUCUCGCUGCCUUUGCUGUGUAGCAACAUUGUUCUUAGUCCCAGCAUGCAUUCACCGACCCUUUUCAAGUUUCAUUUUGAUGCCCUUCUCCUUCUCUAUAAUUCUACAGUAGUUAUCUAUAAAUAAAAACAAAUAUAUGUUAACUUUUCAAAUUUUCAUUUUUACUUCUUGAAAUUUGAGAUUUUCUCUUAUAAAUUUCUUGUUAAAUUUUUUUAAGUUCUUAAUGCAGACAGCCACCUUAAAGCCCAUGCAACCUUAAAUACACACCAUACAGGGAUAAUGUCACACUCCCUGGGCAUUAUGAACUCACAUUAGGUAAUUUAUCAGUGGAAACUUUCUCUUAGUUUAGCUUUUGCCUGACUCUCUUACUUUCCUUCCAUCUAUGUUCUAAAGAAUAAGUGUAUAGCUCCUUCAUUUGUACUGAAUGCAACAGCUGUGCAUGUAAGCUCUUUGACAGUACCACCUUGGCGGGAAGCUUGCCUAUGGGUGCAGCAGCCAUGGAGGAGCUGUGCUCAGUGCCCACACUCUGCUGUUAAAUCCUCUCCAUCUUUGAAUUUGCUCACACACCUUUACAAACUGCAAGGCAGAUGGCAGAUGUCAGCAUUGGUGUAAGAGUUGCCUGUCUCAGGACGAGGAAUGUCUGGGUACCCUGAGCUGCCCUUUCUUACUUUAAAUCCUUCCAACUUUUCAUUCGACAGAAUGUGAACUAAAAGAUUAGAAUCAGAAUUUGAACUUUUUAAUUUUGGUUUAAUAACAAGGAUUUGUUGAGAGAGGAUUCUCCGUAGCAGAACUUCUACAUAGCAGAAAUUCUACAUAACAGAAAUUCUUCAUUAAUACUCUGUGGUGUAAGGAGUAAUUAAUAAGAAAUACUAGACCCAAACUGUAGUUCUAGCUUUGACAUCUAUGAGAAAUGUGAUGUUAACCAAACCUGAACCUUAUUCUUAUAUUUAUGAAAUGUCAAUUACAUUAUUUCUACGUUGCCUCCCAGCUCUAAAAUUAUUAACCUUAUUUGUAUCAGUCACUUCUCCACUAGAAUGUUUAGUUUUCAUGAGUUCACCACCCCACACACAUUUAGUUGCCUGUUACAUACCAAAAAAAAUCUCAAAUCAGCUCUUGGUGGUAAUGUCUAAGACCUAAGUUCAGUGUCAGCAGAGACCACUGUCAUUCUGUAGAAGAAUUCAUAUACUCGAAAGAAAAAGGGAAAUACAAAUGUCAAAACAUAAUGUUGAGUGAGGUUGGAAAUGGACAAGGCAAAUCAAAUGGUCACUGGUCUCAAGUUGUUCUUUUGUAAAAGAAAAAGGGGCUGGAGAGUUGUCUUACUGAUUAAGAGCGCUGGCUACUCUUCAGGAAGACCUGAAUUCAAUUCUCAACACCCACAUGGCAGCUCAUAACCAUCUGUAACUCCAGUUCCUAGGGCUAUAACACCCUCUUCUGGCCUUGGUGAGCACAAGACACAAUGUGAUGUACAAACAUACAUUCAGGCAAAAACACCUAUACACAUAAAAAUUUUUUAAUUAAAAAUAAAGACAGUUGGGAAGUAUUUAUAAAAUACUGCCAAGGAGUUUUUGCUUUAGAAGACUUAUUUCUCCCUCACCUACAUUAAGGGUCUACUUAAUGUAGACCCUUCCCACUCAGCCUUACUGUGCGUUUUUUAAAACACAUGCAUUUACUAUAAGGAAUCAUCUUUGGGGUCUGUAAUAAUUUAAUAAGAUUCACUCUGUGUCAGCAGUUCUGAGGCUGUUGUAACUGGCACACAAGACUGAUGAGAUUAAAUUGGUUGGGGUGGGCCAAUCAUGUAUUUUUUACCUUUAGGUGUGCAAGACCUUUGUUAUUUAAAAAAAAAAAAUACCUUGUGACAUAAAUUGUAGCUUACUUGUGAUCAAUUAAACUUUUUCCUGGGCAGGAAACAAGUUUA